CCCGCAUUUCACAGUUCUUCGUCGUUCGCGUUGGUUGUUGUCUCUCACAUUUGGGGCGGAUCGGCCGUUCGCUGUGGAAAAAACACGUUUCAUACCACCUUGGAGCCAUUCGGGGCUCAGCUGUAUUACAGAACCCUCCCGCCUGGCCCCCUCCUGAGAAUAAAAGACAACAAACAUAAACGUAGCCGAGAAAUUGUUUGUUGUGCUGGUGCUGGCUCCUUUCGAGGCGCAUGAAAAUAUCAGUCGGACGUUGUUUGUUUGAGAGAAUUUAAAAUACUUAUAAGUCGGGCGAUCGAGUGCUCCUCAAGCCACGAAGAGAGACGGGCAACGUAAUAAAUAUCUCUGGCAGUGGCCAAAAAAUAAAUAUAUAUGUAUAUAAUGCUAAUAAAACCGAAAACACGUUUUCCGCUGUGCCUGUGCCUGCGCCUGUGCCCCUGCUGCUGCCGCUGAUGCUCGCGGAAAAAACAUUCGCCAUCAUCCCAAAGCUGCCGCAGCGCCACAGCCUGAGACCCACAGCGAGCCCGAGAUCUGUUCUCUAUGCGUAGUACUUCCAAAGCAGAUGCCAAUUCCGAGCAACAAAUGUGAUGCGUGAAUAGAGGGCAGGAUAGUCCCCGGAGAGUCACAAACCCAAAAGAAACCAAUACUGGAAUCACAAAUCAACGAACGAAGGAAAGAUUAAGCCAAAUGCUGACGCAACCGAAUGCCAAUUACAGUUGCACGAACUGAACGGAUACUCAACACUGAAACACACACACACCACACAAUGGAUGACCUGCAGGCGUCCAGUGUGCCCCUGGUGGACAAAUGCUCCUCCACAAAGGCAGUCAUACUGCCAGCUACAGCAACAGCAAUGACAGUCACAAGCACAGACAUCACAGCAACAGCAGCAGCAACAGCAGCAACAGCAGCAACACAGCCAAAUGCCGUGCUCUAUAAGAGCAGCAACAACAGCGCGACGCUGUCAACGCUCUCCCUGAGCCCCACAACUAAUCCCAAUCCCAAUCUUAAUCCCAAUACCACUCUGAGGGCAGAACCCGUGCCCCUCCUGAAGCCGCUGCAGGGCCUGCCACUGCAGAAGAUGACCAACGACCUGAAGCAGUGCAAUACCAAUGCGAACCAUGGGUCGCAGAGCAACCUGUGCAAUGGCGUGGGCGUGGCUCUGGCCCCCAAGGUGCUGAACAAUGGCAGCAACAGCUCCAACGGCCAGAAGAAGGGCACCAUCACGCUCUCCCACCUGCCACAGCGGCCGCCCGUGGACAUUGAGUUCUGUGAUAUAUCCUACUCGGUGGCCGUCGGCCAUCGCCGCGGCUGCAAGACCAUCCUGAAGAGCGUCUCGGGCAAGUUCCGCAAUGGAGAGAUCACGGCCAUCAUGGGUCCCUCGGGGGCAGGCAAGAGUACGCUGAUGAAUAUCCUGGCGGGCUACAAGACUGCUCAGCUGUCUGGAUCGGUGAUGAUCAACAGCAAGGAGCGGAACCUGCGCAGAUUCCGCAAACUCUCCUGCUACAUAAUGCAGGACGAUGUCCUGAUCGCCAACCUGACGGUGAGCGAGGCCAUGAUGGUGGCCGCCAAUCUGAAGCUCGGCAAGCACAUGGUCUCCUACGCCAAGCGGGUGGUCGUGGAGGAGAUCCUGGAGACCAUCGGGCUCAAGGAGUCGGCGCACACGCUCACCUGCAACCUGUCGGGUGGGCAACGGAAGCGUCUCUCGAUCGCCUUGGAGCUGGUCAACAAUCCCCCGGUGAUGUUCUUCGACGAGCCCACCUCCGGGCUGGACAGCUCCACCUGCUUCCAGCUGAUCUCCCUGCUCCGAUCGCUGGCCCGCGGCGGGCGCACCAUCGUCUGCACCAUCCACCAGCCGUCGGCGCGUCUCUUCGAGAAGUUCGACCAUCUGUAUCUGCUGGCCCAGGGGCAGUGCGUCUACGAGGGCCGCGUGCGUGGCCUGGUGCCGUAUCUCUCGUCCCUGGGGUUCGUGUGCCCCUCGUACCACAAUCCCGCGGACUACGUCCUGGAGGUGGCCUCCGGCGAGUACGGGGAUGCGGUGCCGAAGCUCGUGGAUGCCGUCAAGAGCGGCGCCUGCAAGAAGUACGCACACAAGGACUACUGCCUCACGCUCCUGCCCGCCAAGGCAGCGGCCGCGGUGAGUGCCACCCUCCACGUAGAGGACGAGAAGCCACUCCUCACAGCGGAGCCUCAUCCUCUGGAUGCUGAUGCGGAUGCGGAGGCGGAGACGGAUGCCGAUGCCGAUGCGGUUCUGAAACCACCGAAGCUCGAGGCGCAACAGUCGCAGAACUCCGACUGCAGCGCCGUCAUUCUUAUGCCCGAAACCAACGAAGACAGCUGCAGCUUCAGCUCCUCCAAGGCAGGCGGCGCUGCCAGUAACACAGCUGGUGGCCCGACUAGUGGGGGCGUCGUGGGCUGCAUGACCUCGCUGCUGGACUCGCACGAGAGUGUGGUGACCCUGCCGAACAAGACGGGUUUCCCCACCAGCGGCUGGAUGCAGUUCUGGAUCCUCCUGAAGCGCUCCUUCCGCACCAUCAUGCGGGAUAAGAUGCUGACGCACAUGCGGCUCUUCUCGCACGUGAUCGUGGGGGCCAUCAUCGGCAUGAUCUACUACGAUGUGGGCAACGAGGCCUCCAAGAUCAUGAGCAAUGCUGGCUGCAUAUUCUUCGUGUCUCUGUUCACCACCUUCACGGCCAUGAUGCCCACCAUUCUGACAUUUCCCACUGAAAUGUCCGUGUUCGUGCGGGAGCAUCUCAAUUACUGGUACUCCCUCAAGGCCUUCUACUUUGCCAAGACGAUAGCGGACAUGCCCUUUCAGAUUGUCUUCUCCAGCGUCUACGUUCUGGUGGUGUACUACCUGACGUCCCAGCCGAUGGAGUGGAACCGCGUGUCCAUGUUCGUCCUGAUCCAGGUGCUUAAUUCGCUCGUGGCCCAGUCCCUGGGGCUGCUCAUCGGCGCUGGGAUGAACAUCGAGACGGGUGUGUUCCUGGGGCCUGUCACCACCAUACCCACGAUACUGUUCUCCGGGUUCUUUGUCAACUUUGACACCAUCCCGGGCUACCUGCAGUGGGUGACGUACGUCAGCUAUGUGCGCUACGGCUUUGAGGGCGCCAUGGUGGCCAUCUAUGGCAUGGAUCGCGCCAAGCUGCAGUGCAACCAAAUGUACUGCCACUAUCGGAUGCCCAAGAAGUUUCUCGAGGAGAUGUCCAUGGACAAUGCCCACUUCUGGGUGGAUGCCGUGGCCCUCACAGGGAUAUUCUUUGCCCUCCGCAUCAUCGCAUACUUUGUGCUGAGAUGGAAGCUGCACAUGAUCCGCUAAGCGGACCCGUAGCCCGUAUCUAUAGUUUAUCUGUUAGAUACUAGUGCCCCACGCCCCAUCCCAUCCCCCCAGGAGUAUUUGUAAAUAAGAGUAAAGUUCAGGGAUCAAGGGAUCAUCGUAGAUAUUCAAUUUAUCUCCUCCCUUAAGGCUUUGUACGUUUAUACACCCCACAGAAAAUACAAACAGACUCACAGAAACAUUUACCGCCAGAGCGUAUUAUACAACUACAACUACAAAACGGUUCUAAUUAUAUAUCUAUAGACGAGACACCGAUGGGUAGAUAGAUCCAUAGAUACAUAGAUAGUGUAGCUGUAGCUGUAGCUCUGCUCUGCUCUGAUCUGCACACCAAAACAUUCAGAAUCAAACAGAUAGGAAAACAAAACGGAAUUUUAAUUUACAUAGAGACAUAGGCGUAGAUAUAGAUACUAUAUUCUACAUACCGAUCUAUAUAUAGGCAUGCCCACGUAGUGGUUCAUCCCGUACACGUGCCGAGGGGUACGGGUACGGGUGCCCCCCUGUUUCCUCCUCCUGCAUUGGCAGUAGAAUAUUCUUGUGACCAAAAGCUGAACAGAGUCUGAACUUAAAAGUAGAUUGAAAGAAACCCCUCGUAGAAAGCCCCGCCAUAGAUACAGAAACAGAUACUUUCAGAGCAGCAUCCGAACCUUCUCCCAACGUUCUUCACUCCGUCCUUCCCUCCCCUAUGUUGUUUUUUAUACGUAGCUCUCCAUCUGGGAACCACCUUUCGCUACUUUUAGAAACUAAGCUUUUGGCUUGGGGCUAUCUUAUCCCUUCAAGCGGACUCAAGGCACAUACGGAUACAUCGCGUAAUUCCCUUGUGAUACAAAAGAGAGCAGUGCACCGCAGUGUGGGGCAAAGUUGCAGGGGGAGGGGGAGGGCACACGGGUGAUAUGCAGCAAUUACUAUAAUUAUUACGGGGCACCAGACGGGAGGAGGGGGAGGGUGGUGGAACCAGAUCAGAAUUUGUUGUACAGUUUACGGCGUAUUUGUGAUUAUUACAUUUUAAUUUAGUAAUUGUUUUUAGUUUAAUUUUAUACCGACUACAUUUAUCAUGCCAAAAUAAAUGCAACUAUCAUUUGA